ACAGCCGUGUUUCCGGGCUCCAGAGUCCAGAUCCUGAGCGCAGUGCUGAGAAACGCCCUGCUGAGUACCCCCUGGCUGUGCGAUUUCCGGCCGCUGCAGGCUGCGUGGGAAUCCCGGGAACCUCCUGCCACGCAAUGAUGAAAGUGACCUUUGAAGAUGUGACUGUGAAUUUUACUGUGGAGGAGUGGAUUUUAUUGGAUCCAUCUCAGAAGAAGCUCUACAGAGAUGUGAUGUGGGAAAACUUUAGGAAUGUGACUGCUAUAGAAAGAAACUGGGAUGACCAGCAAAUUGAAGAUGAGCACAAAAAUUACAGGAAAAUUCUAAGAAAUGCAGUUGUAGAUAAAUGCUGUAAAUAUAAAUUAUGGUAUCAGCAUGAAGCAAUGCAUGUUAGGACUCCUGAUAUAAAUGUGCACACAAAACUCCUUGGUACAAGACCAGAUGAAAGCCUUGAAUGUGGAAAGCCUGUGUUUCGUUCCUCAUCACCAACCAAGCCCAUCAUACAUAACACUGGACUCAAAUCAUACGAAGUCCAUGGAUUUGAACAGAAGCUCUCUAAUUGUAACAGACAUGGGAAUACCUCCGCUGGCUUACAGUCCAUUCAGAAACUUGCAAAGACAAAUCCUGAAGAAAAACCCUAUGGAUACAAGCAAUGUGGAAAAUCCUUCUCUGAUUACAGUGAAGAAAAUAAUUCUGAAGAGAAAUCCUUUGCAUAUAACCAAGAGGCUAGAGCCUUCAGUGCACCCAACUAUUUUCAAAUCCAGACAGGAAAUCAUAAUAGGGUGAGCACUUCUAUACAUGUACAAUGUGGCAAAGGUUUGAAUUCUUACCAUGAUGUUCAGAACCAUGAAAGAACUCACACUGAAUCCAAAUCUGAUGUACAUCAACACCAUUGGAAAUCCUUAAAUAAUAGCACAUCAUUAGGCAAUCAUAAAAUAACUCAUACUGGGGGACAGCCCUAUGUGUGUAAUCAUUGUGGGAAAGGUUUCAGCACACAGAAGUAUUGUCAAAGUCAUGAACAAACUCACAGUGGGGAGAAAUCUUACAUAUGCAAGCACUGUGGGAAAGCUUUCAACAAACAGAGGCUUUGUCAAAGACAUGAGCAAACUCACCUCGGGAAGAAAUACUACACUUGUAAGCAAUGUGGGAAAGCUUUUGGCACAAAGAGUCAUUGUCAGAGACAUGAACUGACUCACAGUGGGGAGAAACCUUAUGUAUGUAAGCAAUGUAAGAAAGCUUUCAGCACAUAUAGUUCUUGUCAAAGACAUGAAAGGACCCACACCGGGGAGAAACCCUAUGUAUGUGACCAGUGUGGGAAGGCUUUUGGCACACACAGCGUGUAUAAAAUACAUGAACUAACUCAUGGUGGAGAGAAACCCUAUGUAUGUAACCAAUGUGGAAAAGCUUUCAGCACAUGCAGUGUAUACAAAAUACAUGAAAGAAUUCACACUGGUGAGAAACCCUAUGUAUGUACACAAUGUGGAAAAGCUUUCAGCAGGCAAAGUCAAUGUAAAAUACAUGAAAGAGUUCACAGUGGGGAGAAACCCUAUGUAUGCAAGCAAUGUGGGAAAGCUUUCACCACCCACAGAUGUUGUCAAGAACAUAAAAGGACUCAUACUGGGGAGAAACCUUAUGCAUGUAAGCAAUGUGGGAAAGCUUUUAACAAACAUGGUUCUUACCAAAGACAUGAAAGGAUCCACACUGGGCAAAAACCCUAUGUAUGUAGCCAAUGUGGAAAAGCUUUCAGCACACGCAGUGUAUAUAAAAUACAUGAAAGGUCUCACACUGGGGAGAAACCCUAUAUAUGUAGCCAGUGUGGUAAAGCUUUCAGUAGGCAUAGUCAAUGUAAAAUACAUGAAAGAAUUCAUACUGGAGAGAAGCCUUAUAUAUGUAAGCAAUGUGGGAAAGGUUUCACUACCUAUGGUAAUUGUCAAAAACAUGAAAGGACUCACACUUGGGAGAAACCUUACACGUGUAAGCAAUGUGGGAAAGCUUUCAGCACACAUAGUUAUUGUCAAAGACAUGAACAAACUCAUACUGGAGGGAAACCCUAUGUAUGUAAGCAAUGUGGGAAAGCUUUCAUUACACAUAGUCAUUGUCAGAGACAUGAACUAACUCACAGUGGGGAGAAACCCUAUGCAUGCUCACAUUGUAGGAAAGCUUUCAGCACACUUAGUUCUUGUCAAACACAUGAAAGGAUCCACACUGGGGAGAAACCCUAUUUGUGUAAGCAAUGUGGAAAAGCUUUUGGCACACAAAGUGUAUAUAAAAUACAUGAGAGGACUCACACUGGGGAGAAGCCCUAUGUAUGUAAGCAAUGUGGUAAAGCUUUCAGCAGGCAUAAUCAAUGUAAAAUACAUGAGAGAAUUCACACUGGAGAGAAGCCCUAUGUCUGUAAACAUUGUGGGAAGGCUUUCACCACACACAGAUAUUGUCAAGAACAUGAAAGGACUCAUACUGGGGAGAAACCCUACACAUGUAAGCAAUGUGGGAAAACUUUCAGCACAUACAGUUAUUGUCGAAGACAUGAAAGAACUCACACUGGGGAGAAGCCUUACUCAUGCAAAAAAUGUGGGAAAGCUUUUACCAGACACAAUCAUUGUCAGAGACAUGAAAGGAAUCACAGUGUAGAAACCUUGUAUAUGUAAGCAAUAUGAAAAAACCUUCAGUAAUUCUAACAAUCAUCAUAGACAGUAAAAUAUUCUAAGGUUAGAAAUGAACUCUGAAUAUAUAACUGAAUAUAUAUCACUUGCACUAAUACAAAAGCAGAGUGCAAAAAAGCCUUUCUUUGUGUGUAAUAUUAAAAAUCUUUCAGCACACAGAUAUUACAUACCUGAGAGAACUGAAACUUGAACAAUGUGGAGAAUGUUUUUUUUUCAUGAAAAUUUAUGAGAGGGCAGCUGUAUGUAUGUAAUAAAUAUUGGAUAAUUCAUUUUUCUACUUUCCUUGAAAAUCACCAGAAAAUCUCCACUGAAAAGAAAACCUAAUAAUGUGUGAAAACUUUUUAUGAUUGUCAUGAGAAAAAAAUGCACAAGCUGAAAAUGAGAUUUAAGAGAAAGCUAGGGAUCAAUGACAGAGACACAAGAGUGAUAUAUUAGGAACGAGAUAUACUGUUUCAAAGCACACAUUCAGAGACAGACUUGUUCCAGUAUUUUAAUGGAUUGAUGUACUGAUGAGGUUGGAAAGUGCAUAAUGUUAUGUUCAAUACAAUGCCCUUUGCAUUCAAGUCUUCAGUACAUGGUCUUCAAUGAGCAUUUUACAUGCAAACAAUUGACUUAGAUUGGGGAAGCUAAGUUUAUUCAUAUAAUGAAAUGUUACUGAGUCUUAAAAACUUUUGUUUGUGACAAUAUAAAUUAACCAAGAGGUCAUUAUAUGAAGUGUGCAUAUAAUGGUAAUAUAUAGGUAAUUAAACUUUAUAUUUGUUUUUUUCUACAGUUGACAACUUAGAGAAGCAGAGAGUUUAGUGAUGGUUGCCAUAUGUGUUAAUGGGAAAGUUGAGAGAUGUUAAUGAGAAAACUGUUUUGUAGAAUACUAAGUAACAUAGGCCCUAUGGUGAUUACAGUAAUUGAUAAAGUAGCAUUACAGUUUGCUAGCAAUUGUCUUUUAGUAUUUUCUCCAUACACCCAAAAGGUAAAUAUCUGAAGUGAUGUAAAUGCUACUAAUGAAGAAUGUGAUCAUUUCACAAUAUAAACAAUAACACACUGCAGAUACACUGUCAAUAUGUUUUUGUUAUUUUCUGUUUAAUGAAAUGAAAAUAAUUAAAUUUCAGAAAAACAAUUCGA